CUACAUUUCACACCGAGCCUCCUCGGAGGCAUCAUACGGAUUAUUGGAACGCGGGCUUUUUCUAUUGAGUUGAUUUUACCCAACUGACAACUUAAACUUGUCAGUUCGAUUAAACUUUUUGCCUUUCGAGAGUCUGGAUUCAGAAACCGAUCACUAGAAUUGGCAAUCAGUGGUGUCUGAGAUUUCAAUUCACCAUACCCACAGGAUUCUAUUGUUCCUGGGUACAUACUUCGACUAUUUCCGAAACUGCUGGACAGUUGAUUCUGACCUUGACCUACACUUUUGAGGGACCCGUUGUAGUAGAGACUUAGAAUUAUGGAGUCGACGCACCCGUACACAAAGGAGCUCGAGGUUGCUUGUCUAACAGUGCAAAGAGCUACCCUUUUGACGAAAAAGGUGCUCGACGCGGUCGACAAAGGGGCCUUGGACAAGAGCGACUCGAGCCCUGUGACCGUUGCUGACUUUGCUGCCCAAGCAUUGAUCAUUGGAGCAAUCCAUCGGGCCUUCCCUGGCGAUGACAUUGUGGGCGAAGAAGACUCCAAGGCCCUUCGGGGGAACGAGGCCUUGCUUGAGCGUACGUGGGAACUCGUCUCCUCCAUUCAUCUUGACGAUGAAACGAGUGAAGCGCUCCUUUACUCCCCGAAGAGCAAGGAGGAGAUGCUCGAUCUAAUUGAUUUGGGUGCCCGCGGCAGCUGUAGCCGGGAGAACCGCUCGUGGGUUUUGGACCCGGUGGAUGGCACCGCAACGUUCAUCAAUGGACAGCAGUAUGCGGUCUGCCUGGCACUCGUAGAGAACGGGGUCCAAAGGCUCGGCGUCUUGGGGGGACCGAAUCUCAACCUUGAAACGGGCCGCAUGCACGAGGAUAUUGUGGAUCGGGAUGGGUAUGGGUAUCAACUCUUCGCCGUUGCCGGUCACGGUGCAUUCAUGCGGAAGAUGGGGACCGGGGCCCUCUUGCCGGCUAAUCGCAUUGAUGCCAAGCCUCAGAUUACCGACCCUAAGGAUCUUGACUUCGUGGAUUGCGUGGCGGCCACCUCCUCGAACAUUGUGGCGCAUGAACGCCUUGCGUCCCACCUGGGUGCGCCGUGGCCACACACGACGGAUCUUUGGGCGGCCCAGCUGCGAUAUGUCGCCAUUGCGGUCGGUGGCUGCAAUACAUUGAUCAAGAUCCCACGCAACGCAUCGUAUCGAUCGAAAAUGUGGGAUCAUGCAGGGGGGAUGUUGAUCGUGCAGGAGCUAGGCUGUAUCGUCAGCGACCUUGCCGGCAAUCCGGUGGAUUGCUCCCUGGGCCGGACCCUGGCCGGUUGUUAUGGAAUGAUAGUGGCGCCAGCCUCCAUCCACGGACGGCUGGUUGAAGCCGUAAAGCAGAUUAUGUAGAAAGAAUAUUUGAUCCCCUAAGGAGUUUUCAUUGGGGUUAUUCGGUUUUGCACUUUUCUUAAUUCCUAUUUCUUAUUACCUUAAUUUAUUGCAUGACGGUGUA